CUGACGACUGUCUUGAUCGAAGAUAUCAUCAUUUACCAUCACAUUCUUUCAUCUCAAAAUAAUCCAAUUCCAUAAUCCCAGCAUUCCAAUCAUGCUUUCUCUUCGUGCCAUUGCGCGCUCAGCUCCGCGCGCCGUCUCCAGGCUCACAGUCUCCGCUGCUCGCCGCUCAGCAGCUCCUAUUUCCAUUCAGUCAUCAUGGAUGCCAAUCCGCACACAAGCCGCCGCCGCGUUCUCUACAUCGAGAAUGUACAAGGCAACGGCAGGUGAGGUUGACGAUGAGCUCGUCGCCAAGCUUGAGUCUGAGAUUUCGAUGGAGCAAGAGAUGAAGGAGAACAGCGAGGUCCCGCAAAGCGUUAGGGAGUACCUCGAGAACGGACCCUUCGAGAUCCAAGAUGUUGAGGGAUCGGAGGAAGUCGUAUUGACGAGGACAUACGGCGAGGAAUCUAUCCGCGUCUCCUUUUCCGUUGCCGACUUGAACGCCAUCGACCCCGAAGCCGACUAUGAGGACCGCGCCAUGGCUGAUGAGGAGGAUAUUGAGCAGCAAGAGAAGGAACUUGCAGAGGAGGAGGGCGAGUCCGAGGCCACAGACUCCUUCCCAGUCCGCAUCAACGUUAUCAUCGAGAAGGCAAACAAGGGCGCGCUCGCCGUCGAGACCAUUGCCCAGGAUGGACAAAUCAUCAUCGACAACGUCUACUACUACAAGGAUGCCGCGCAGGCACGCGCCAAGACCGCUGAGCUGGCACACACCAGACAGGACCUCUACGUUGGCCCACCAUUCGGCAACCUUGAUGAGGAUCUCCAAAUUACUUUGGAGAGAUACCUGGACGAGAGAGGCAUCAACACCGCUCUGGCUCUCUUCGCCCCUGAUUACAUAGACAUGAAGGAGCAGAAGGAGUACCUGGCAUGGCUGGCGAAUGUCAAGGGCUUCGUUGAGGCUUAAAUGGGGGAUUGGUGAUACUUUCAUGCUUGUUUUUUACAUAUCCACUCUAAUGGCGAAACGUGUAUAAUAUUAGUGUACGAUGAUAGAUUGGAGAUUUGGGCCUAGGAUGUCUCUCAUAGUUGUAUUUUAGACCAUCAAAUUAUUGGCAA